AUGGAAGGGGAGUGGCCCCAUGGGGGGGAACUCCUCCUCUACCUCACUGUCAGCCUUCUGCUUCAAGGGAGAGCCAACACUUUCACCAUCAAUUGCUCAGGGUUUGACCAGCAUGGGGUGGAUCCUGCUGCCUUCCAAGCAGUGUUUGACAGAAAGGCCUUUCGUCCAGUCAUCAACUACAGCAUCCCCACUCAUGUCAACAUCUCCUUCACCCUGUCUGCCAUCCUGGAAGUGGAUCCACAUCUCCAGCUUCUGACGUCAUUCCUGUGGAUUGAUUUGAUAUGGGACAAUCCUUUCAUCAGCUGGAACCCAGAAGAGUGUGUCAAUGUCAAUAAACUAACUGUAUCAGCAGAAAACCUGUGGCUUCCAGAUAUCUUCAUUAUGGAAUCCAUGGAUGUGGAUCGGGCACCUCCAGGUCUCUCCGCAUAUGUCAGCAGUGACGGUCGGAUAAAGUACGAUAGGCCAGUGCGGGUGACCAGCAUCUGUAACCUGGACAUCUUCUACUUCCCUUUUGACCAACAGAACUGCACCUUCACCUUCAUUUCCUUCCUCUACACAGUGGACAGCAUGCUUCUGGGCAUGGACAAGGAAGUGUGGGAGAUAACAGAUACGUCUCGUGACAUCAUUCAGACCCAGGGAGAGUGGGAGCUCCUGGGCAUCAACCAGGCCACCCGAAAGAUGUUGGUGGGCAGCAACGUGUAUGACCAGAUCAAGUUCUAUGUGGCCAUCAGGCGCAGACCCAGACUCUAUGUCAUAAACCUUCUGGUGCCCAGUGGCUUUCUGAUUGCCAUUGAUGCCCUCAGCUUCUUCCUGCCUGCAGAAAGCGAGAGUCGUGCCCCAUUCAAGAUAACCCUUCUGCUGGGCUACAACGUCUUCCUGCUCCUGAUGAAUGACUUACUCCCUGCCAGUGGCACCCCUCUCAUCAGUGUCUACUUUGCUCUGUGUCUGUCUCUGAUGGUGCUCAGCCUGCUGGAGACCAUUUUCAUCACCUACCUGCUGCACCUGGCCACCACCCAGCCCCCACCCAUGCCCCAGUGGCUGCAUUCCCUGCUUCUGCACUGCACCAGCCCAAUGAAAUGCUGUCCCACUGCACCCCAGAAGGGAAACAAGGAUCUGGGUCUCGCCCCUGCUAACCUGCCUGGUCUGAAGGAGCCUGUGGAGUUGGUGGAGAAGGUGCCAGGUCCCCGAGAGGCAGAGUUAAAUGGGUGCCCUGAGUCAACAAGGGGCCAACAGGAAGACGAGGCUCAGAAGCAGCACUUGGUCAGCCUGUGGGUGCAGUUCAGCCACAUGAUGGACACCCUGCUGUUCCGCCUCUACCUGAUUUUCAUGGCCACCUUCAUCAUCUCGGUCAUCAUCCUCUGGAACACCUAG